AAGUUGGGCAAGUGGUGAGUAAAAUAAUGGCGUGAAUCAACUUGCUUUCUAAAAGGGCCAAUUCACAGCAUGUGCAUUUGAGUGGGUAGUUGAGAGACAUACAAGAAGAAGCCGCAAAGCUAAGGCGAUGGUUGCUUUUGUGUGGCUGAUGCUUGUGGCUUACGCCGGUUUGAUAUUUCCUGCUUCUUCCCAAGAAGACAACAACAAGAGCAUUUUCAUUUUGGCCGGACAAAGCAACAUGUCCGGCCGAGGCGGCGUUAAUAACGGCACCUGGGACGGGGUUGUGCCGCCUCAAUGUCAACCUAACCCAGCAAUCCUUCGACUCAGCUCGGAGCUCAACUGGGAGGAGGCAAGCGAGCCCCUCCAUAAGGACAUUGAUGUGAACGCUACUUGCGGGGUUGGACCUGGAAUGGUGUUUGCCAAUACUGUGUUGGACAACAAGAACUUGAGCUUUAGCAUCGGGGGGGUUGUGGGAUUGGUCCCUUGUGCGAUCGGCGGGACCAAGAUAAGCGACGAGUGGGCUCGUGGGACUUAUCUUUACAACCAGUUGGUGAGUCGGGCUAGUGCGGCUUUGCAAGAUGGUGGUGGGUCGAUCCAAGCAGUGCUGUGGUAUCAGGGUGAGAGCGACACUGUGAAUCCAGAUGACGCUGCUUUGUACAAGGGCCGACUGGAGAGAUUCUUCAUGGACCUGCGUGCUGAUCUGCAAUCUCCACUGCUACCCAUUAUUCAGGUGGCAUUGGCAUCAGGACAGGGACCUUAUAUUGAGAAAGUGAGAGAAGCUCAGUUGGGAAUAGAUCUUGCCAAUGUGAAAUGUGUGGAUGCCAAGGGAUUGCAACUGGAACCAGAUCAUUUGCACCUUACCACUCAAGCCCAGGUUCAACUAGGGGAGAUGUUGGCUAAUGCAUUCCUCCAGACUCUGCCCAGCACCACUUCAGAGUAAUGGCCCCAAAAUAUCUCACAAUUUUUUUGGAUGGGACCUUUUCCAUAGUCCUCAUGUUUAGAUAUUUGAAUUUCAUAGUUGAGAAGGAUAUCAUUUGAUUGUACUAAUUUAUUAAUCAGGGCCAAAAUAUUGUCUAAGAGUAUAUCCAUGCAAUGAAACUUUGUCCAGUAAAGACUUAUUCAUGACUAUAGUCUUUCUCUUAAAUUUCAAAAUUUAUUUGUUGUUAGUA